ACCGGUGGAUACAGCUGGCAGCGGACCCGCAAUGCCCUGCGCUUUUGCGGCCGCUUUCCCUGUACGAACGAGGGCAAACCCCAGUGGAGAAGCAAAAUCCUACCUCACCUCCACCAUAUCUAUCUCUCCCAGCCUCCUCCUCCGUUCUCUGGAUAUUUCCUUUUCUUUUCCACGCUCUUCCCUUCCGCGAUCUCGCCCCGCUUCGCCCUUGUCUCUUUCUAUCCAGGAAGAAGAUUUCAUUCCUCGUGCUAUCGUUGGUUGCUUCCUCUCGGGAAGAUCAUCUUUCCUCUCGGGUUUCGAUGCUAGUGUUGUUCUCUUGCUGAAAGAUCGGACUUUUCGUCAGUUUUCGCUACGGUUCGAUCCUUGAGGUCUCGCUGAGAUUUUGAUAGGAAGAUCGGAUAUAUAUAUUUUCCUUUUCCUCUGCUUAAGAUUCUUGUCCCAACGGUUUGGGAUUUUUGCUCUCGGUUGGGAAGAAGAGUUCUUGUUCUGGGUUCUUGGAGCGGUUUGGAUCUCUUCCCUUCGUCAAACCAUCUUUCACCAUGGAUUUCGAUGCUACUAUCUUUUCCUGGCUGAAAGGUUGCAUUUUCCGCUCAAUUUCGUUCCUUGAGGUCUCGCUGUGAUUUCGAAGGAAAAGAUAAUAGUUUGAUCUGGGUUUUGUCGCAAGUAUCGUGUGGUUCACAAUUAGCUGCAAUUCCGGCGGGUAACAAGUUUUCCUGUGCCUCUGUUUUAAAGUUCUUGCCGAAGUUUUGAGAUUUUUAUGUUCAUUUGGAGAGCGAUCCUUUUUCUGGGGUCUUUACUACGAGAGCUCUGGUUCUUGCCGUCCCCCAGCGGGUUCUGUGAAAAAAUUGGAUUUUUAUCUGGAUUACGUAAUAAGAAUUUUUCGAUCAAUAUAAGCUUCUGUUCUGGUUAGGAAAAUGGUUUGCUUGCGCCUCUUAAUUCCUUCGGUGAGAUUCUUGCCCCCAGGAUAGGAAGUUUUGGAUUGUUCACUCUUGUCUGGACUCUGUGGAGAAGAAUUCCCGUGGUCUUUACUUAAAGAGAUCAACUUCUAUAGUCUUUCUUUGAAUUGAACUAAAGAAUUGCUUUCUUGGAAUCUGGGAUUGGCUGUCGGACAUUGGAAAUUUGGGGAUCUUGCUUCGAGCUUCCUUAAUUGAUUGAUAGGGAAUUGUGUUAAGUUUGCCAGAGUUGGGAUGAUGAAAGUGGGGAAGGAAGAGGAAAAGAUCAUGAAUCCCAUGUUUCCAAGGCUUCAUGUGAAUGAUACAGAUAAAGGGGGUCCAAGAGCACCUCCUAGGAACAAGAUGGCCCUGUAUGAACAGCUAAGCAUCCCUUCACAUAGAUUCAAUUCUACAGCUGCUUCUGUAUUGCCUCUUCCACCACAUAAUGCCAGCAUCCUGGUUUCCACUGCAUCAAGCCAGAACCUUUCAUUUUCAAUUGCUUUCUUGAUCCAAUUUGAUAUGAAAUCAAAGAUACUCAAAAGGAAUUGGUGUGCCAACAAGGAAUGUGGUCACGAGAGGAGUGUCUCAUCUCCAUAUUAUACACCUUCUGAUGCACCUGUGCAUAACUUUAGGAAGGUUCAUUCACAUUCAUCAAAUGGAAAGAUCCCUCCUGCUACAAUUAGGAAAUUCAAGAGACCUGCUAGGCAUGGGAAUCAAAGAUCUUCACAUGCUGCAUCUUCAAUUGCUGACUGCAAUUUGCUCCAUCCUCAUGAUGUCUAUGAUAGGAAGAAUUCUAGUGAGGAAGACGAUGAUUUCAGGGUUCCUACGUUCAUUCAUUCUGAGUUUGCUAAAUGCUCAAGCAAGAAUAUGCUUGUGAAGGAGAUGCAAAAAUCAUCUGCCUCUGGUGUAAAGGAGCCAGCAGAAAGUUACUCUUGCACCGUCAGUUCAUCUGCCCAGUUGUCAAAUUUUUAUGACAAGCCCUUGGAGCAAAAAAGUGCUUGUGUUGCAAAUUCAAGAAAACAUGAAACUAACCAUAGUGAGAAAGAGCAUCGAGAAACUAGAGGAAUUAAAGAACAGACAGAAGAAUUUGCUUUCCACCCAGAAAAUGGAGAGAAGAUUUCAGAACCUUCAGUUUUUUCCAAGGCAUUUUUAGAUCAUGAAUGCAUAAGAAUCAGAAAUGCUAUUGAUAAAACAUGCUCAGGAAAUACUGAAAGAAGUCAAGAAUCUUCUGAUAAUGGUUGUCUGGGUGAACUCAGAUGCUUGGAAAGCAGAGAUGUUAUGGAAAAUGGGGAUGCUAGGCUGAGAAGUGGAUGCUGUUCUAAGUCAUCACCUAGAAAUAGUCACAGGGAUGCAAAUAUGGCUGAUAACUGCUACCUGAAACUAGGUGACAAGGCAGGUGUGUCACUGGAAUUGGGGGAUGGAGACAGAAAUGGUGAAAUGUCUGAUACGUCGAUGGACUCUAUCGCAGGCUUGAAUAUUUCUCUUGAUGAAGUUGUGGGAGUAAUCGGUCCAAAACAAUUCUGGACAGUGAGAACAGCUAUAAUCAACCAACAGAGGAUUUUUGCAUUACAAUUGUUUGAGCUGCAUAGAUUGAUAAAGGUUCAGAAGUUACUCGCUGCAUCACCACAUCUACUUCUUGGUGACAAUCAUGGUUCGAACAAUUCUAUGUUAGAAUUGCCUACAAAGAACCUACCUGCGGAGUCCAAUGUAGAAUUGCAACCACUGACAGAACAGAAAGAUAAUGUUCAGGAACAGAACCAGAACAUCAAGUGCCCCACAGAGAAAAGGGGAGUUCAUCCAUCCCCUUCUCCUGAUGGUGGCCUUAGCAAGGAACUUGAUCAGCUUCCAAGCAGUGAACCUUGCUCUGGAAAACCACCAGCUGUCCCUGUGGCUCCUGAUAACUCACCAGGUCCUUGGUGUUUCCAACCGCCUGCAAAUCAGUGGUUGGUUCCUGUCAUGUCGCCUACAGAAGGGCUUAUCUACAAACCAUACAGUGGGUUUUGUCCUCCAUCGGCUGGUUUCAUGGCCCCUAUUUAUGGAGGUUGUGGCCCUAUGCAGCUUCAAGUUGGUGGAGAUUUCAUGAACCAAGCUUAUGGUGUCCCAGCAACUCAUCAGCAACUAAACAUGGGGACUCCUUUUAGGUCACCUGGAGUUGCUCUGAACUACUUCCCAGCACCUUAUGGCCUUCCAGUUGUUAACCCAGUUAUCCCUACUUCAGUUGUUGAACAGGUGAGCCCUUUGACCAGGCCUAUGGAGCAGACCGAACAGCACUCACAGAGUUCAUGUAACAUGUUGAAUCUAAAGAAUGAAGCUUUUGGAGGCUGUUCUUGGAAGUUGAAUGCGUCUAAAGAUUGCGAGUUGCAGGGAAGCACAGCAAGCAGUCCUUGUGAGAGGGUUCAAGGGGAAGGGAGAGAUGCACUAGAUCAUCCUGUAGCCCCACUUACAAAGCGUUCAAGACAGCUGUUACGAUCUAAUGAGAGCGACUAUCAGACUCAUGUGAUUAAGGUUGUACCCCACAAUGCAAGCUCUGCCACAGAGUCUGCAGCACGAAUCUUCCGGUCAAUACAGGAAGAGAGGCGACAACUUGACAUAUAACACAUUUGUGCUUCUCCAGAGCACACUUAAUGGAUUUUACGAGCCAAUAUAGUCAUGGGCGUAGAUGUAGUUAAUUUGGUGUCUCGUCACAUUCAGAUUGGGUGUUUUGUUUAUAGGAGCCAAAAUUUUGGUUGUGGAUCCUCUUUUAUGUUGUCUAUAUGUAAUUUAAAUAAAUAUAUAUAUGUAUGUCGGAAACAUAUGGAACUGUUGUUUUGUAGCUUUUUUCUUCAGGAUGAUAUGCAGUGCAUGUAAAAAAUCCUGUACUAAUUUUCCAAUAUAUGCUAUCACAAAUACGAGUGAAAUUAAUCUCAAAUA